AUGUCGGCAGAAAGCUCAGGUCUUUCCUCCAUUUCACCAUUUCAGGAAUAUGAAUCGGAAACCAUCACCGGCAACGAAAGACCGGCAAAGAGACAAAAGGUAGCUGCAGCGUGCGACCAAUGCAGGGAGAAGAAGAUCAAGUGCGAUGGCCGGAAACCGCUGUGCCGGCCUUGCGAGCGAAGAUACGGCGCGGCAGCUCAAUGCGAAUGGGGGUUGAGAAAGACGCGCAGUAUCGGGGCCUCCAAACUGGAGAUCAUGCGACUACAGUCCCGGAUCGAUGAACUGGAAAGGUCAGGCCGACGAAAAUCGAACCAGCCAGAAGGCGCCGAACACCAGUCUCCGCCUCAAUCGACGUCAGAUCGGAACCAUGACAGUGGCGCAAAUGCGAUGAUGGGGCUGAUGGAAGAAGGCGAACCUGCUGAGGCGGGCGUCGUAGGCGAUUCGAGCGCGGCGAGCUUCAUGAACCGCAUCAAAGCCGCACUGGACCAGCAACUGACCCCAGAUUCCGCCCAACAAGCAUCCUCAACGGUGUCUCCGGUACCAACCGGUUCGCAGCGACAAAGACGGUUCAAGAACCCUGACUAUGUCCUUCCUCCCAGACAACAGGCCGAUCGGCUGCUGGAGGUAUACUGGAGGAUCGUCGAUCCCCUCUAUCCUUUUGUUGACAAGGAUGAUUUCAUGGGCAAGUACCAGACUCUCUGGACUGGGAAUCCCACAAUGGAUGACGAGGUCUGCUUUAUCUGUCUCCUCAACGCCAUCUUCGCCAUCUCCUGCAUUUUGGACUCGUCCAUCCGCCCGCCAGAUCGCGUCAAUUCCGGCGAGGGCUUUUACAAACGCGCAUUGGUAUAUUUCAACCUCGAAUUCCUGCAGUUCCGCUCCGUGCACACCGUCCAGUGCCUCCUGCUCCUCGCCCAGUACCUCCAGAGCACUAGCGAGCCGCAGCAAUGCUGGCUGUUCGCGGGCCUGGCCAUCAGGAUCGCCCAAAGCCUCGGGCUCGAUCUACCCUCCACCAGUACCCGGACUUCCAAUGGCAAACCGAAUGAGUUGUUCCGCAAGGUCUGGCACGGCUGUGUGCUCAUGGACCGAACGCUGUCCAUGACCUUCGGACGUCCCGGAAUCAUCACUCCGCAAGCUGCUGUUUCGGUGCCUAGGCCUCAGCCUCAUCCCGACUCGAGCGAAUGUUCGUGCCACACAGACCACUACGUGUAUCAGCCGUCUUCCCCCGAUCUCCACUUCUUCAUCGAAUCUCUCAAGCUGUACGAAACCAUGAGCGAGACGAUCGUGGCCCUCUACAGCCCAACAACAUCAGCGGAGGAGUCUUCCGAUCCAGCAGAGGACAGCUACACUCGCUAUUUUGGCGGCAGCCUGGGCGCAAAAGCAGCCGGGACCGUGCUGGAGAUGGACAGCAAAUACUGGAUCUGGCGACACCGUCUGCCCUUCCACCUCCGGCAUUCUCCCAAAUCGUCAUCCGAGAGCAUGAACCUGAUUCACGCCCGGCAGGCCAAGGUGCUCUUUCUCCGAUACUGUCACAUUCGAACACUGCUCUUCCGGCCAGUCCUUUCCCGCUUCUGCAUGACGAGCAGCCAGAACGACGACCAAGAAGACCUUCACGUCGGCGGAGGCGAAGACACCCUCGCGCGCAAGCUCGCCCUGCAGUGCUCGGUCAUGUGCGUGCAAAGCGCAUUGAACACGGUCGACCUGUUCGGCAGGAUCCACGCAGAGUGCCGUCUAGAGCUGCUCGACGAUCUCCUGCCUGCGUGGUGGUACAGCAUCUUCUAUCUGUACACUGCAGCGACGGUCCUUGUCGCCGCUCGGCUCAAUCCAACGGUCGAGGCCGAGGUGGGCGGCGACGAGGUGAUCAUGAGUGCCGCUCGGACCGCGACGGCCGCGCUGCAGAGGUACGGCAGUUUCGGGAAACACGCCAAACGCUGCGCCGCGGCCAUUGCGCUGCUGUUUGAUCAGAUCCCUCCACGCCACCAGCCAUCGCACAGAGUGCAAACCAGGACGACGCCCUCGGUGCAGGCCCGGCGCGGCAACACAGGCGACAGUGGUGGGAAUGUGCGACGGUCAAGACUCCCGCCGAAUGCCGACGGUGGCGAUGUCCAUCCCGAUAUCACGAACGGCGGCUCCCAGGCUUGGACGACAUUCAAUCACCCCCAAACCCAUAAUCGAAGUACACUUACUACACCCCCCGCCACUCGUCCUGCUGGUAGCAUGAUUAGCAGCGCCAAUACCAAUAUCAGUACCACCGCGCCAACGCUAUCAAGCAGCUCCUUCACGACCACCACCGCCGGACCCGACCACGGGAAAACAACCGCGCCGGCAUCGGUACCGUUCAUGCUGAGCAACGACAGGGGCAGCGGUGGCGGUGGCGUGCCGGAUUUGUCGUCAUCCAGCUUCAAUCUCGACUUCGACCUCAAUCUCGAUCUGGGCGGCGACAUGUCCUGGCUGAGCAGCAUUCCCUUCGAUUUGUACGGGGAGCUGUAA